GACAAUUAUCCGGUAGUAUACAGUCUGUGUUGAACUUUAAAGGAAGAAGGAUGUCGGAUAUAUUGUGCAGGUGGCUGAACGGGGAGCUCCGGUUGUCAAAAACUGUUGAACCAAAGACCUUUGCCAAGGAUUUCUCCAGUGGUUACCUAAUUGGGGAGGUCCUGCAUAAAUAUCAACUGCAGAAUGAUUUCAGUAUGUUUAUGAAGAAAGACACCUCAAUCUCCAGACUCAAUAACUUUACCCGUAUUGAGCCUACUCUCCGGUUACUGGGGAUCUCCUUUGACAUAAACACAGCCCAGGACCUGAUGCAGGAGAAGCCGGGUGUUGCCACAUGCCUCCUUUACCAACUCUACGUCUCACUUGAGAAGAAGAAGAAAACAGAAAUCAGUGGCACAUUGAUGGAAAUAAUGCAGCCUGUGGCCAUGGCUGCACUGCACAAAAAAGAACAUGAGAUCUAUUCUGAUCGACUGCAUCAAGUGGUGAAACGUGAUGCAGAGCUGAAGCUACAUAAAAUUACUCAGCACUAUGAGGAGAAAUGUCUGCACCUGAAUGACAGGUUUGCGAUGGCCCAUCCCCUCCAGCAAAAAAGACAACUCAGAGUCCAAGAGAGGGUGAAGAAUAAUGAGAAGCCGCGGGUGUGUCGUGAGAAACACAUUGACAUCUUGACUCGUAACCCGGUCACGAGGAUCCAGGUGCCCAAGCCACCUCCGUACACUUCACACCUCAACCUAAAGAGGAGACAGCAGCAGAAGCAACGCCGAGAACAACAAGCACAGAGCGUCCAGACUGAAAUUGCCCAGUUUGAGACAAGGAAGAAACUGGUUACUUGUGGUUUUGCUUCCUCUUCAAGUGGUCAGUCCCUCCCUGGAGAUUUUCCCCAUGAUGGCAGCAGCCAGGGCUGUGAGGUCCCUGGAAGUGGAACUAAGCUGAUAUUACAAUCCAGUAGCAAGUAUAUACAGGAUAUCCGACAGAGGCUGGAGGAGAACGCUGUAGCUCGCGAACAGAGGGAGAAAAGACGAGACAGAUUCCUGGUGGAGCAGCUCAAGGCCCACGAAGCUCAAGAGGAGGCACGGCGAGAGGAGCAGCUUGUGAAGCGUCUGACACGUCAGACGCAGCAGGAGCAGCGUUUGGCAGCUCAGCUCCUCCAGAUACGUGUACAGAAGGAUGUGAUCAGGGAGAACCGCCUGUUCAGGGAGCAGCAGUACCAGCAGCGCAGAGAGAGGGACUUCCAGGAAGCUCUGGAGAGGGAGGCGGCUCUGGCUCAGCAGGCUAAGUUGGACCUUGCUGAAGAGAUCAGAAAGGAGCUUGAAUUCUGUAACAGGAUUGCUGCUGAGCGAGCUCAGAACAGAUACAAGAAGCACUUUAACAUCUGCAAGGACAUUUUGGAGCAGAUAGUGGACUUGGCCACCAAGGUUGGAGAAUAUCGUCUGCUUACUGGGAAUCUGGUUCCUGAGAAGCCGAUGAGAGAGUGGAAGGAAUUGCUGUUCAGUGGUCUGCCCCUGUAUGAGCCGAUAAAUUAUCAGCAGCCAGAGUUCUCUACACCACUAGAUCCUGUAGAGUUUGAGAAGCAGGAGAUACUCAAAAACCAGGACUAUGAUGAAUACACUAACAUGAUAGGUGAGUGGACAUGGCCAGAAGAAGCAGAGGAGGCCACAUUGCCCCUCACCAACAACAACAUUCUGGGACAUGUUGUCAUGCGACUGAGAGACAUCGUUCAUCCGCCCGUCGUGGAGCCCGUCUCACCUUCAUUCCCUCACUUUACCCUCAAGGCCUGUGUCCUGGGCAAAUUUUGCUCUGGAAAGACCACCUGCCUGACCAAGAUUGCUGAAGCCCAUGACGUCUGUGUCUUGUCAGCUGACACACUGAUUGAGGAGGCUCUGAAUGCUUACCAGAAUGGAGAGGAGGUCACAGAGCAGCAGGGAGAGGAAGAUAAUGAGCAACUGCUCACAUCCACGACAUCACUGAAGCCAGAUCUAGACACUCAAGAAGAAAGUAGACACAAAAAUGUAAGAUUAAGUCUGUCUACCCGAGCUAUGCAGGGAGAAGCUGCAGAAAAAGAGCUGAAGAGAGGCAAUGCCAUUCCUAAUGAACUGUUAGUGGACAUCAUAGUAGAGGCUAUCAGGCAGGUUCCAGCUGAGUCAGGUUGGAUCCUGGAUGGCUUUCCAGUUGACAUCACUCAGGCCCACCUGCUAGAGAAAGCCCUGGGUGGGUUUGUAGAUGUAGGGGAUGGUGCUGAAAGCAGCAGGAUGAACCUUGCUGCUGAUCCUCAUCCAUCCAAACCUCCAACACCUCCACCUCCUGUACUGGACCUCGCUCUGCUGCUGGAUAUUCCUGAUGAAUAUGUGGUCAAACGUCCAUUCAGUCAGAUGGAUGAUGCUGCUGCUACAACCUCCCAUCCCACAGACAAGAACUUGUAUGUGGCACAGAUUCCACACAGGAUCACAGCUUUUCAGGAUACCUGGCCAAAACUAGAGAAAUGGUUUGGUGAAAAGCAAAACAUUUUGGUCCGUGUUGAUGCGAAUGUAGACAAGGGGGAGCUUUACAAAAGAGUGGAAUCUGUCCUACAGCAAGUUACGAUGCAAACACGGGAAGCUCUUGCCUCUCUUCCUUUUGAAGAUGAAGUGUUGGACAGUGGGAAAGUUCCAGACUCCUCCUUUACAGCCACACCUCCACCUGUAGACCAACCACAGGGCCUCACAGAUGAAGCCCUUGACCCCACAGAGUCCUGUUCCAGCCUUAAGGAGGACAAAGCCCAAAGUGUGAAGUCACUUUCCAAAUCCAUCACACAGUCCCCCAGAGGACACUCUCGGAAGGCGUCAGUGUCCUCAGUGACCAAUGAGGACUCUCAGGGAGUCCCCAACAACCCAUCUGAGUCUGCCUCUCCCUGCCCAGGUUCAUCCAGCUGGGUCUAUGUGGAUGAACCCAUUCCUCCAGAGAUCCCAGAGUACCUGUGUUCCCAUUGGGACACAGUGUGCGAUUCUUAUGUGAAAAACAUAAAGACAGUGAUGCAGCAGCUGCGCUCACAACGCACUGUUAUUGACCGUCACCUGUUCAACAUCAGAGAGGAAUACAAGCAUUACCUGGGGCGUCCAGACUUGAAACAGGAGUUAGUGUCUCAUUGGCAGAAGGACUUCAACAGAAUCCCUGAUGAUAUGCGAGAAGACGAGGAUACCAAAGUAGAGCUACAUCUGAGACUGGAUGAACUGCGUGAACGUUUGUGGGACAUUAGUGACAAGCGGAAGGAGGAGGACGAGCAAGAGAAGGCUGCCCUCAUGGGUAAUGGCUGGUUGGAAGAACACACCGGUGUCAUCAUCAACCACCACUCUGUGCUCAUGCAGGUAGAGUUGGACCGUUUCCAGGACACGCUCUGUACUCUCAGGGUCUACUAUCUAAGCAUGUACAAACCGGUGCUGCCAGAGCUACCCUCCAAGAUGGCUCUCAUCCCCCUUCUGGAUCCCCCAGAAAUUAAGGAUCAGGACCAGAGUACUGAGCCAGCAGGCAGGAGUGUGACGAGUCAGAUGGAUGAAGGAGAGGACAAGAGGAAAACUAAAUCACGACCUAACUCCAAGACGAAGAGCCCGAGUCAGACAGAACCUGUCAAGGCACCCCAUGAGAAACUGAUCUCAGACUACGAGGAGGCACUCACCGCCAUCAGCAAAUUGGUGUCUGCAGAAGCCCACCAGGGGGAGACGAAAGAGCAGAAAGAGAAACCACAAGAGAAGGAGAGGGGGAAGGCCUCUGCAGGUGCAAACAGAAAGGAAAAAGGGAAGCAUUCAUCCAAAAAACAGAAAGGUCCACCAUCCCCACCUCCAGCACCCACCCCUGCACCAGCUGAGGACAAAAACUCAGAGAAGACUCAAAAUCAAGAAGUCAGAAACAAAAUACAUAAAGAAUAUGCAGCCGCACUGGAUCAUGAGGCAAAUGCAGCAAAGGUGCGCAUUGCGCUGGUGAAAGGUCAUGGUCUGGUGAUGGUGCACUCCCUUCAAAGCAGAGCAGGAGAGACAUUACGCAGCAUGCAGAAGUGGUUAGAAGCACACUAUCUUGCUGAAAUGAAGAGUAUUGACCAGUUGUCAGAAGUGGUUCGCCACCACAUAGAGGCUGGUGCUAAGUUGCAGAAUGAGCUGGUGUUGGAAUGUACAGACUUCUACCUGAAUGGAGACUGCCACAUGGUGGCUCCCCCAGCUCCCCCUCCUCGUCCACCUCCUCUGGAGAAACCCACACGGUCCACCCCGACCAUCUCUCAGCUAGAGUCACUCCGCCAGCAGCUGUGCAGCGCUGCUCCAUCAGGUCUAAUGGCUAGUUCUGAGUUCUCCGGUUUGCUCAGGGAUCUCAUCUCUGUUAACAUGGGCAGAGAUAACUUACCUGAGCCCUGGAUCAACAAGAAUGAAACACAGUUGAUGGAGAUUGUGUCUCUGCUAAAAGACGACUAUGAGCUGAUUGACUGGCGCCGGUUUCUGCUCAGUGCUGCCCUCCCUUGGCCGUUUCCCUCAUUAUCACAGCUGCUGGUCGUGCUGCAACGUUUCAAGGCAGCAGAUUCUAGGAACAUGGGCUAUAUAAAUGAAGAACAGUACCUACAGACAGAGUUGUGGUUUUCCAGUGAAAGUGUCCAGCCCAUCCCUGAGGACCCCUCUGAGCCUCUACCGUACGACCGUCUGGCUAACUUACGCAAGUUUUUUUUCAAGAUGUUUGCGGACAGCACUGUGUCUUCCCCUCGACUGGACUACGUGUCCAUGCUGAAGUACUUUGCAGCCGACCCUAACCCCAGACAGGGCUUCAUCAGAGCACUCAGUGUAGUGCUGGGACAACAUCUCAGGCACUCCUCACCGGGCCAUCUUGUUAAGUCUAUGCCGAGCAUAGAAGAGGCUGCUGAGCUCAGCUCCUCAGAACUUGAUGGAGACUACAAGGAAGAAGAGACACUGUGUGCGUCAAGCAGUUCAAUGCUGGAGCAGCACGUGUCCAUCCCUGCUCUCCUUGCUGUCAUCUGCCACAAAGUCACCAAGAUGAAAGACGACAGCCUCGUUACUCCAGGCUGCCUGAGUCAGGAGGAGCACGCUGAGCAACUGGUGCAUAUGUUCAGAGAGCUGGGUUACAGUUCUGAGGACCGCAUCCCCUUCUCUGUUCUCUCUCGGCAUCAUUUCAUGCAGAGCCUGAUGGAGACCUCAACACACUACCAGCUUGUAAACAUUCAUAAAGUGCUACUGGCCCAUCAGGACGAAACAGAGGCUAACAGCUUAUCUUAAAGGAUAAGACAUACCAUACUGCUGUCUGCAUCACAAAGAACUCUUUUACUUCG